CUGGAUAGCAUUUUUCCCUGCAGUCAUCUGUCUGUCUACCUUGCCUGUCUGUUGUUUUGUAUGCAUGUGGAAGUGGAGGAGCGUGUGUCCUGAGGUUCUUUUAACAAAGAUUAUCGACACCUCCUGUUUGUGAGAGCGCGUGUGGUGAUAAUUUGCACUUAUGAAAAAGAGGUAUUUAUUUUUAUUUAUCAAAGGCAGCCGUUCUUUUGAGCCAAAUAACUAUCUGGCUUUGCCCUGGGACGCCCAGAAUUUCUUUUCGUGGCAUAUUAUUUAGUUAGAUAGUUUUAGUACAAGAGUCCUAAGAAAAGAUGUCCACCGAAUGCCAGAAAACAACUGCUAAGGCCAUUCCGUCCACAAAGAGAGUAACCAUCAACAACGCUGAUCACAUGCCCCACGACUACUCCACUACCCCCGGAGGGACCCUGUUCAGCACCACACCGGGUGGUACUCGGAUCAUCUACGACCGGAAGUUCUUGCUGGAGUGUCGGAGCUCUCCUUUGGCAAAGACUCCUCCACGAGGCCUUCCCAGCAUUCCAGGGGUGACCAGUCCUCCAACCAAAGAGUUCAACAAGAAGACCCUUAAUGGAGAAGUAGUGAACAUAGACACGCCUGCGGCUGACAGUAGCAGUGCAGGUGACGAUGCGCAGUUUGAAAUGGAUAUAUAGGUGGAUCCAAUGCUGUGAAUGGAGUAUCUGGAACGUCUCCUCUUAUCCCAUCAUCAUUUCUUUGGAGGAAAAGUGAUCUCUUUUAGAAUCUGGGUUAAAAAUGUCUGUCUUUGAUACUCAUAUUAAUGCCUGAAGAUCACAAGCCUUUUUUUUUAUUCUAUUCAAGGUCUAAAACCUAUUUGCUGAUGAUAAAGUGUGCCUUCAUGUAGUGGCAUCAAACGGAACACAGACACCAACAAUGCCUCAUCAGUCAGCAGCAAGAAAGUUUAGACAUAAAGAGCUCAUUUUCAUCAGAUCAGGAGUGUUCCAGAAGUUGUUUUUUUCACUUAAUGCCACCUGUCUUCAAAUACUGCCUUUACAUGUUCAAACUGUGGAAUUUGUAAGUCAUGUUCCAACGUGGAAAUCCUCCACCUGAAGUGUUGCACAAGAAUUGAAAGUUGAAUUUUUGAUUACAUUUUGAAGUUUCACAUGGUUUGUAAGGGGGUUAAAAAAAUAAACCAAACACCAUGAAAUGAA